CAGGGCUGCGGUUUCCGCGGCCGAGGAGGUGGUCGCAGCGGGCUCCCUACCUGGCUCUGCUACCGCCGUGGCGGAAGCGCCUUCCCUCAGGACAUCAAUGCAAGCCUGAAGAAAAAGUAAUCGCUUCCUUUUAAGCCAUGGCAUAUCAGUUAUACAGAAAUACAACUUUGGGGAACAGUCUUCAGGAGAGUCUUGAUGAGCUCAUACAGUCUCAACAGAUCACCCCCCAGCUUGCCCUUCAAGUUCUACUUCAGUUUGAUAAAGCUAUAAAUUCAGCAUUGGCUCAGAGAGUCAGGAACAGAGUCAAUUUCAGGGGCUCUCUAAAUACAUACAGAUUCUGCGAUAAUGUUUGGACUUUUGUAUUGAAUGAUGUUGAAUUCAGAGAGGUGACAGAACUUAUUAAAGUGGAUAAAGUGAAAAUUGUAGCCUGUGAUGGUAAAAAUACUGGCUCCAAUACUACGGAAUGAGUAGAGAAAUGCAGCUUUUUUUUUUUUUUUUUUUUUUUUUUUUUUUUUUUUUUGCCACCUUCUGUUAUUUUCAUCGAUUUUUGAAGAGAAACAUAGAAGAGACUUUUUUUAUUUAUUCUCACGGUGCAGAAAUGACAACACUGUGCUAUAUAUACUACCCAAGGGUCCUACAGAGAGAAGCAUGUGACUCUGUUCUCUUAAAUGACCUUUAGUACACAGCAUAAAGAAAUGUAACUUUUUUUAAUGACAAAUCAAAAGUGGUUGCCUUCAUAAGAAUAUUCUUCAAUAAACUCGUUUUAAAACUU